AUGGAAGAAACUCAAAAAGUUGUAGCAAUGCCUUUUGGAAAUGUGUCAGUAUCUCAAGAUUCUUCAACCUCAACAAAGGCCACCUCAAAUACUAAAACAGAACAAGGAAUAAAGAAUUUAAUAUUUGGCUCUAUUUCAGGAAUGACAGGAAAACUUGUGGAAUAUCCAUUUGACACUGUCAAGACACGUCUUCAAUCCCAGCCAUCAGGUCGUAAAUUAUUUAAUGGUCCACUGGAUUGCUUUAAAAAAACUAUAAGUAAUGAGGGAUUUUUGGGAUUGUAUCGGGGUUUGUCAUCACCAAUGGUUGGGGCAAUGUUAGAGAAUGCAACACUGUUUUUAGCAUACAAUCAUAUACAAAUGUUGAUAAGAGAGUAUACAACGCCAAUAGAUCAAAAGCACUUGUUAUAUGAUAAUAAUAACCAAACAGAUGCUGGUCAAAUUCCUCUAUCAAUGACUCAAUUAAUUUUAGCUGGUGCAUUAUCAGGAGCUUUGACAUCUUUUUUAUUAACACCGAUAGAAUUGGUCAAGUGUAAAUUACAAGUUCAAGAAACUCUUUCUUAUGAUACUCUAGAUAAAAACACUUCCAUUAAUAAUAAUAUUAGUAAAUCUAACAAACCAGCAAUAUCAGUCAAUAAUAACCAAUUAAAUUAUUCAGGUCCAUUAUCAGUUAUCAAAUAUACAUUAAAGACACAUGGUAUAAAAGGAUUUUAUUGUGGACAUUUUGGUACAUUUAUACGAGAGACUUUUGGAGGUGGUGCAUGGUUUGGUGUUACUGAACUUAUGUUAUCAGGAGCGUUGGCGGGAAUGGCUUAUAACCUUUUAAUAUUCCCAGCUGAUUCAAUUAAAAGUCAAAUGCAAACAGAAGAAGAAGUUUUGUCAGCAAUGGGUAAAUCAGGCAAUAAGAAAAGAGGAUUUAUUAAAGUAGGAAAAGAUUUAUACAAAGCUGAUGGAAUUAAAGGAUUUUAUAGAGGAUGUGGGAUAACUGUUGCUAGAGCUGCUCCAUCAAGUGCAAUAAUAUUCUUAACAUACGUAAGUGUAAUGAUGGUAACAGUGGUGGUUGGUGGUGUGUGA